AUGACGCUCCUCCGUGGGCAGAGACGCACUGGACAAAUUGUCAUCCCUUGGGCUGUUUCUUUUUUUAGUUUUCUUUCUCUACUUGCUGCACGCAUUGCUGCUCCCUUGCACCGUCGCAUCAAAUGUGAGGACGACCCCGACUGCGGUGAUGGGGAGCUGGUGCUGCCCUCUCUCUUCAUUGAGUGUGGUGUUUUCUUUUGGGUGGAAUGUGCAUGCGUGGUGCUGUGCAGGUUGCCUGAGUGCUGUGUUGUGAGCACUAUCGGUUUUUUUUUCUUUCAUGCUGUUCUUUCUGUGGUGUUGGUGGUGGAGAUAGUUGUGGAUUUGAACGGAUAUGUUGUGAGGCCACGUGGGCACUCAAUGAAUGAGGCUCUGAACCCGUGA